AUGAUACAGCAGGGUUCUUCCUCGAGGAGGAGUUUACAUGGUAAUGAUUUUCACACACUCGCUUCUUCAAGGAGAGAUUCUUUGAAUAUUCCUAGGGCUGUGGGCGCUAGAUCUGCGUCUACGAUAGAUCUGUUCUAUAUACCGGAUGCCACCGUCUCAAGAAGGCACUCUACCCUCGUGGCUAGUAGAUCAGAAAACAAAGCUAAAGGUGCGCCGAUGCGCCAGUACAAUAAACCUAACUUUGCUUCCUCGUCGACUUCGUCUUUGCCAUCGACUAAAAACCGUUCCUCUCCCUACGAUAACAUGAACAACCAUUGUGCCACAGAUCACAGUGUGCUCCCACAAUACCAUUGUAGGCCAAACUCGUCCAGGCGUCACUCUUUAAUGACCAUUCCCGAAAAAUAUUCCGGUAGUCGCUAUAGCCUCCGAUCGUCCCCACCUACCUAUUCAAACCCACGUGUUAGGAAGGAGCUUACUCCUUUCCAACUACAAAGGAAGCAAAUGAAGACUGCUUUUCAAUUUCCCAAUGGUGAGAACUUCACGCCAAGAAACCAGAUAGCAAGGUUUCCGCCAUCUUCUUCAGCUCUUCCUAACUCCCCCUCUACUUCAUCGUUGCCUUUGACGCAGGCUGGAGGCUCAUCUUCGAUAGAUAACCAUUCCAUCGCCACUGGCACGACUAAUCGUUCUCCCAAGCAAACAAAUGUUAUUGGUGCCGAUCAGAAUGCUGAAUCAGAGUCUCCAAAAGCAAUUAGAUCAAAUUCCAAAAAGAUUUCUCGUUUUUUCAGGAAAAUUUGGUCUUCCAAGUCAUCAAAGUCCACAGAUACUAUAGAAGAAAAUAACAAAACAAAGCAGAAAAGGAAAAAUCCAGAGAGAGUUGUACCUGAACCAAUAACGUCUCUCGAACAACCGGUUGAAAUUACAAAACAGAGUUUUUCUAUCGUUAACAAUCAAGAAACAGCUUUACCUUUAAUUAGGGACUCUGAUAUAGUUCAAGAAUUGAAUGCACUCGGAGACGGUAACAAAAUACCGGUUCUCCCACCCCCUAGAUCACCAAACAGACCUACCCUGUCUGAUAAGCGAACUACAAAGUUAUACUACCGUAACCAAGAUUCGUCUAGUGAAGAUAUUGCUCCAGAGGAAAAAAACACCGUUUUCCUGAAGCGUUUGCAGGAUGAAUGGUCUACCGUAUAUUUAAAUAAAUUACCUUUGACCGCGUCUGUGCCAUCUUCUCUUUCUACCACCGCGGACGCAGCCAAUUCUUCCUUCAUCAACUCUUCAACAUCAUCACCAGUACCCUCUUCGUCGUCCUCGUCGUCAUUGGUUUCUCGUGGACCAAUGCAAUCCAUAUCUUCUUCUUCACCAACACCGGCACCUUCUUCAGGGUCAUCAAAAUCCAAAAAUACCGUCAAAUCCUUGCGCUUUGCGGAAGAGAUAUAUGUAAACGAUACGUGGUCCGCUGUGGACUAUUGCAGAUGUGACAAUACCUUUUUGAAUAAUUUCUCUAAAGUAAAGAGCCAGGACAUUGCUAAUCCUUCUACUUUUGUCGGUAACAACCUCUCAUCCACUAAAAACAUAUCAAAUAUUGAAAUCAAAUUGGAGGUGAAUGAGUUCAAAAGAAAGGAAAUGCGCGUUCACCAGGAUAGCGCUAGGUAUACACAUUACUACUUAUAA